UUUUCUCCGUCUUCACAGGCGUGUUUUCUUCCGCUCCGCCACACCGACUUGUUUCUGGUCGUCUCAUCCCGACUCACGUCCGCCUCUUCCCCCCGAGCCUGCGGGUCGUGUCAGCGGCAGCGGCAGUCGGCUAGGCCUGAAUCCAGCUCCGCAAACACUUAUGGACUUUGGGAAACAAGCGUAGCGGCCUCCAGAAGCGCGUGUGAAUGGAGCAGUGUGCGAGUACGGCCUCCCUGCUGGCCUCAGUGCGGGAGCAGGAGAGGCAGUUUGAGAUGCUGAGCCGAGCUCUGGAGGAUGAGCGGAGGUCGUGCGCCGGCACCUUGCCCCGCCCCCUCCCCAACAUGCAGAACGGCCGCAUACCUUGUAAUGCAGAUAUAGAGAGGCUGACACUGAACGAGGGUUACAUCAACGGCACACAUCACUUCAGGAUGGAGCCUGGUCAGGUGGUGCAGGAGACAUACACGGUGGAGGAGGAACCCCAGGAGUCUCAGCCCGUCGUCUCUAUGACCAGUGAAGAUGGAACCACUCGGCGCACAGAAACCACGGUAAAGAAAGUAGUAAAGACCACUACCACUCGCACAGUUAUCCCCUCUGUGUCAGACACACUUUCCCUGGAUGGUGGGGGAUCAGUGACUGGCAUGGGGGGUUACAGCACUCCCAUUGACCGGGUCUACAGGCCGCCACCUAGUGGAGGAAUGCCAAUGGAAUAUCCCACUCACACCUUCCCCCGAAACUACCACUACGGGCCUCCUGGGGCUUAUGAUGAAUACCGCAGUGGACCUCCUACUGACACCUAUGCAAGCCUUAGCAGGGGAGGUCACAUGGACGAUCGCUACAGACCAGUUCAUCCAGAUGGUUACAGAACGCUGGAUCCAAGCUACAGAGCCCCCAGCAGGAACCAGCUGGACCCCUAUGCUGCUCAGCCACAGGUUGGACGCAUGGCAAGUGCUAUGGAGCUUUCCACCCUCCCGAGGUUUGUCCCAGAGCCUUAUGGUCUGGAGGAUGAUCAGCGCAGCAUGGGUUAUGAUGAGCCUGACUAUGGGAUGGGACACCCAAUGCACUACAGCACCGUACCCCGCAACCAUCAUGCAUUCCCCCAUGGCCCCCCACGCAGGGCUGGGAGUUACGAGGGCACCUUGGACGGUGACAUGAGCGGUCCAGGGGACAUGUAUUACUGGGCGGGAGGAGCACCACUGGCCCAGGGUGAAAGAGGAAGCAUGGCGUCGUUGGACAGCACACUGAGGAAAGUUCCUGGUCCCAGUGGCUGGCGUCAGCCAGAGCUGCCAGAGGUCAUCGUCAUGCUCAACUACAGACUAGACCCCGUCAAGAGCAAUGCAGCCGCAUACCUGCAGCAUCUUACCUAUAAGAAUGAUAAAAUGAAAUCUGAUGUGCGUCGUUUAAAAGGCAUCCCAGCACUGGUUACCAUGCUUGACAAUCCAAACAAAGAGGUUCACUAUGCAGCCUGUGGGGCACUAAAGAACAUCUCUUAUGGUAAAGAUGCAGACAACAAGAUCGCCAUCAAGAACUGUGAUGGAGUUCCUGCGCUAACCAGGCUGCUGAGGAAGACCCGUGACCAGGACCUCACUGACACGAUCACAGGGACGCUGUGGAACCUGUCGUCUCAUGACUCUGUGAAAAUGGAAAUUGUAGACCAUGCACUGCACGCCCUCUCCGACGAGGUGAUGGUGCCCCACUCGGGCUGGGAGAAAGGGAGCAAUGGAGCAGGAGGCGGCGAGGAGAACUGCAAGCCCAGACACCUCGAGUGGGAGACAGCCCUCACCAACACAGCAGGCUGCCUGAGAAAUGUGAGUUCGGAGCGAAGUGAGGCGAGGAGGAAGCUGAGGGAGUGCAAUGGAUUGGUCGAUUCGCUCAUGUACAUUGUCCAAUCCCAGAUUGAUUGUAAAGAUGUUGACAAUAAGUUGAUAGAGAACAGCAUGUGUCUGCUGAGGAACUUGUCCUAUCAGGUUCACCGUGAAAUCCCUGGCUGUGAGCGCUACCAGGAGGCCGCGCCCAUAAACCAGGGCCCCGCCCCCUCCAGCCAGAAGGGCGGCUGCUUCAGCUCCCGCAAGGGCAAAGAUGAGUGGUUUUCCAAAGGAAAGAAAGAUGAGGAUACAGGUGCAGAUGUAAUAGACAUUCCAAAGAGGACCACGCCUGCUAAAGGCUACGAGCUGUUGUACCAACCAGAGGUGGUCCGCAUCUAUACCUCUCUGCUCAAGGAGUCUAAGAACCCCACUGUGCUGGAAGCCUCGGCUGGAGCUGUUCAGAACCUGUGUGCCGGCCGCUGGACUUAUGGGCGAUACAUCCGUGCCUUGCUGCGCCAGGAGAAGGGAUUACCCAUGAUAACAGAGCUUCUGGCACACGGGAAUGACCGCGUGGUCCGAGCCAUGUCUGGCGCCCUCCGCAACCUGGCUAUUGAUGCACGUAAUAGAGAUCUGCUAGGGAAACAUGCAGUGCCUCACCUUGUGGCCAACCUGCCCGGUGGGGGUCAGAGUCAGCCUGUGCGAGCGCUGUCAGAAGAGACGGUGGUGUCGGUAUUGAGCACACUUCAAGAGGUGCUGGGCUCCAGUUUGGAAGCAGCCAAGACCCUCAGGGCCUCACAGGGCAUCGAGAGACUGGUGCUCAUUAACAAGGACGGUAAUCGCUCAGAGCGGGAGGUGCGCGGUGCCGGCCUGGUGCUGCAAACAGUGUGGGGCUACAAGGAGCUGCGGCGCACUUUGGAGAAGGACGGCUGGAAGAAGACAGACUUCAUGGUCAACCUGAACCCUCCCACCAACAACAGCAGGGCCAACGGCGGAUAUGAGGACAGUACUCUGCCACUCAUAGACAAAGGCGGCAAAGGGGACCGGGAAAUGAUUCCAAUGAAUGACUUGGGACCAGAUGCCUACUCCACACUGGACCAGAGAGGGAGAAGGAACACUCUAGAUAAUACACUCGAACCUGCUGACAAAGAUGCAGUACAGGUAACCACUGGCUACAUGUGCACACGCAACACCCCUCCUACAUACAUUACCCUGCAUGACUGCACCUUAAAGCAAAUUGACCUAACUCCCUUUAAUUCUAACAUAAACUCUACAACAUACAUCCUACAUCUCUCCCGGAACACAUGACUGUGAGAAUGAAUAGUACAGAUGAGA